AUGGGGAGCCAGGGUCCUGCCCCUGCUGCAGGCCCCUUCCAGUUCUGCUGGGGACAAGCCACCAAGACCCAGCAGCCUGCCCUAGCUGCUGCGAGGAGGCAGGCUCUGGAGCGGGAACAGUGUGCCCUAGCAGGGCUGCAGGGGCUGGAGCUGCGGGAGCAUGGCCAGGCCUGGUUUGAGGGCCCGCUGAGAGGCACAGCAACAGCGGCUCCGUGCCGGGCCUUGGCAGAGCCUGGUAGUCCACAGUUAGCCCAGAUUCAAAAGGUGAACAUCUGUUUGAGAAUCUGA